ACUGCACUAGUGUUUGUGAGAAUGGCUUCUCAAGAUCAUCAAUUUCCACCUCAGAAACAGGAGGCACAGCCUGGGAAAGAGCAUCCCAUGAACCCUAAUCCCCAAUUCAGCAUUCCUGGUUGCAAGCCUUCAAACAAGCUUCAAGGAAUGGUGGCACUGGUGACCGGAGGGGAUUCUGGGAUCGGACGGGCAGUGUGUCAGUCUUUUGCAAUGGAGGGAGCAACCGUGGCAUUCACAUAUGUUAAGUCUCAAGAAGAGAAGGAUGCAGAAGACACAAUCCAGAUAAUAAAGAAGUCUAAGACCAGCGAUGCCAAGGACCCUUUAGCGAUCCCUGCAGAUCUGGGCUUUGAUGAGAAUUGCAAGAGGGUGGUCGAUGACGUAGUGAACGCGUUCGGACGGAUUGAUAUUCUGGUUAACAAUGCAGCAGAGCAGUACGAGUGUGACUCUGUUGAAGAAAUCGAUGAACAGAGGCUGGAGAGGGUGUUCAGGACUAACAUCUUCUCUUACUUCUUUGUCACCAGGCAUGCUUUGAAGCACAUGAAGGAAGGGAGUUCGAUCAUCAACACCACAUCGGUUAAUGCAUACAAAGGACAUGCGAAGCUGCUUGAUUACACAUCAACAAAAGGUGCAAUUGUGGCUUUCACUAGAGCGCUUUCGCUACAGCUUGCGACUAAGGGUAUACGUGUUAAUGGAGUCGCUCCUGGACCCAUUUGGACGCCAUUGAUACCAGCUUCCUUCACUGAAGAUGAGGUUUCUAAAUUUGGGUCCUCAGUUCCAAUGAAGAGAGCCGGUCAGCCGAGCGAGGUUGCCCCCUGUUUUGUGUUUCUUGCCUGUAAUCAUUGCUCUUCCUACAUCACUGGCCAGGUCCUUCAUCCUAAUGGUGGAACUAUAGUGAAUGCCUGA